CCUCAAAUCUUGACAAAAGAGAAUCUCUCUCUUUUUUUCUUUUCUUCCGUGGCUUUGAGAGCAACGACUCUUAAUAAUUUCCCUGUUUUUCCCCCAUAUAAACUGACACCCAAUUAAUCUUGUUAUUUUCGCUAGCUCUCAAUUCCCAGAGUAGUUUUUUGUUCUUAAUUUAUGUAUGGAAAGAACGAGAGAAAUGGAAGAAGCAAAUUAUGGAGGACAGGCAGAAGAGAUGGAAAUACAAUAUUGUAGUUCGCGAAUCAUGUCACCAGAAAUUGUGGAGAUAAUAGAGGAUAACAAGACUACUGUUAAGGAUGUUUAUGUGGCUGUCGGAAAAGAUGACAUGGAUGUGCUGCAAUGGGCUCUUGAUAAUCAUGCUGUGUCCCCCGGUGCUCGGGUUUUUCUUGUCCAUGUUUUUCCUCCUAUCACCUACAUACAUACGCCUGUUGGAAGAUUAUCGAUGAGCCAACUGAGCCAAGAACAGGUGAGAGUUUACAUAAAUGAAGAGCAUAACAGGAGAAGGAAUCUGUUGCAGAAAUAUAUCCGGUUGUGCAAUGAGGCCAAGGUAACCGUGGACACAAUGCUCCUUGAGAGUGAUGCGACACCCAAAGUAAUCCUUGAUCUAAUUCCUGUUCUUAACAUCACCAACCUUGUCAUGGGAACCAAACGACAACCUUACUCAAGGAGACUGAGGAAAAAAAUGCCGAAAGGAGAAUUUGUCAAAAAGAAUGCACCUGACUUUUGUGAGGUCACCAUUGUUCAUGAUGGCAAGAAGGUAGUUGACAGUAAACAGGUAAAAGAUGCUGUUCAUUCAUCCCCGGCAUCCAGUCCGGCGAGCUCAGAAAUUUCUGGCUGCCACUCUAAAAGGAACUUCUUUGAGUGUGUUUGCUUUGCAGGCAAGUUCAGCGGAAACUAAUGCGUUGGUUUGUAUAUAUAUAUAUGAAUGCAACGGUACAUUUUCUGAAAGUACAUUAAAUAGAAGCAAGAAUACUCUCCAAAUAUA